UGCAGCUCUUUAUAAACCACAGCCAGUCCGAGCUCUCUGCUUUCAUCCUUUGACUCAGAGGUGUCAGUUGUACUCUCCUUUCUGUGUCAACCUGGUCCCUUUCUCUGUGUAGGCUGGGAACAUAAGAAUAUUUUUGCAAGUCAGACUUUUCGGAGGCAGCCGACUUUCGGAGGAUGGGACCCAUUUUAUCUCUUCUCCUAUUAGCAGGACUAAUCGGAUCAACAUUUGCUCAAACUUCAACUACAAUAGCCACAGCCACAACAAUAUCAGCAGCCAACAUAACAACAACACCUGUUGAUGUAAACUCUACAAGUUCAACAACAGUCAGCGACAACUCAACCGUAGCUACAACUGCCAGCACAACUGAAGCCAACAUAACAGCAACACCUGGAGAUGGAAACUCUACAAGUUCAACAACAGUUAGCGACAACUCAACCGUAGCUACAACUGCCAGCACAACUGAAGCCAACAUAACAACAACACCUGUUGAUGUAAACUCUACAAGUUCAACAACAGUUGGCGACAACUCAACCGUAGCUACAGCUGCCAGCACAACUGAAGCCAACAUAACAACAACACCUGUUGAUGUAAACUCUACAAUUUCAACAACAGUUGGCGACAACUCAACCUUAGCUACAGCUACCAGCACAACUGAAGCCAACAUAACAGCAACACCUGGAGAUGGAAACUCUACAAGUUCACCAACAGUUGGCGACAACUCAACCUUAGCUACAACUGCCAGCACAACUUCAGCCAACAUAACAACAACACCUGUUGAUGUAAACUCUACAAGUUCAACAACAGUUGGCGACAACUCAACCGUAGCUACAGCUGCCAGCACAACUGCAGCCAACAUAACAGCAACACCUGGAGAUGGAAACUCUACAAGUUCACCAAUAGUUGGCGACAACUCAACCUUAGCUACAACUGCCAGCACAACUGAAGCCAACAUAACAGCAACACCUGGAGAUGGAAACUCUACAAGUUCACCAACAGUUGGCGACAACUCAACCUUAGCUACAACUGCCAGCACAACUUCAGCAAACAUAACAGCAACACCUGGAGAUGGAAACUCUACAAGUUCAACAACAGUUGGCGACAACUCAACCGUAGCUACAGCUGCCAGCACAACUGCAGCCAACAUAACAGCAACACCUGGAGAUGGAAACUCUACAAGUUCACCAACAGUUGGCGACAACUCAACCUUAGCUACAACUGCCACCACAACUUCAGUCAAUGCAACCUCUCCACCAGCCAACACGACCUCACCAGCAGGCCAUACAACAUCACCACCAGUCAACACGACACUACCAGCAGUCAAUACAACCUCACCACCAGCCAACACGACUUCACCAGCAGGCCAUACAACAUCAUCCCCAGUCACCAUGUCUUCACCAGCAGUCAAUGCAACAUCACCAUCAUCCAACAUGACCUCACCAGCAGUCAAUGCAACUUCACUACCGGUCAACAUGACCUCAUCACCAGUCACCAUGUCUUCCCCAGCAGUCAAUGCAACUUCCCCACCAUCCAACAUGACCUCACCAGCACUCAAUACAACCUCACCACCACCAACAUCCACCAUGUCCUCACCAGUCACCAUGACUUCACUGCCAGUCAACACAACCACAGUACCACAGAAUACAACAUCACCACCAGUCAACAUGACAUCACCAGCAGUCAAUACAACAUCACCACCAGUCAACACGACCUCACCAGCAGGCCAUACAACAUCAUCCCCAGUCACCAUGUCUUCACCAGCAGUCAAUGCAACAUCACCAUCAUCCAACAUGACCUCACCAGCAGUCAAUGCAACUUCACUACCGGUCAACAUGACCUCAUCACCAGUCACCAUGUCUUCCCCAGCAGUCAAUGCAACUUCCCCACCAUCCAACAUGACCUCACCAGCACUCAAUACUACCUCACCACCACCAACAUCCACCAUGUCCUCACCAGGUACUAUAAGCACUUCCACUCCAGUGGGAACAUCGGUGCACAUGACAACCACAGCCACUACUACGCCACCUACAACCACAACCCCUGCGCCACCACCAGAGCCUAAAAUUGAAUUAGAAUUCAGAAUGACCAGAAACUUCACUACAGCGCUUACAGACUCAUCUUCCCCAGAGUUCAAAGAGUUAGAACAAGAAGUCACCACUCAGCUGGACAACGUUUACAAAGCACAAUUCGGACCCAGCUUCAACCGAACUGUCAUCAGGGGUUUCAGUCAAGGAUCAGUUGUAGUCGAUGCUGAGCUGAUAUUCAAUAAUGUGACCACAUUACCAAAUACAAAUUCUGUGGCUGACACGUUGAAGAAUGCUACCAACUCUGGAGACUUGUCUCUUGGUGUAAACACCACUUCUAUUAAAGCUGAAGUGGUUGUGCCAGAAGUGGAUCCAACCACAGUUGCACCUUCAACAACUGUGCAUUCAACCCCCUUAACAGCAGGCCAUACAACAUCAUCCCCAGUCACCAUGUCUUCCCCAGCAGUCAAUGCAACUUCCCCACCAUCCAACAUGACCUCACCAGCACUCAAUACAACCUCAGCACCACCAACAUCCACCAUGUCCUCACCAGCUGUCAAUACAACCUCACCACCAGCCAACAUGACUUCACCAGCAGGCCUUACAACAUCAUCACCAGUCAACAUGACCUCACCAGCAGUCAAUGCAACCUCAGGACCACCAACAUCCACCAUGUCCUCACCAGCAGUCAAUACAACAUCACCACCAGUCAACAUGACAUCACCAGCAGUCAAUACAACAUCACCACCAGUCAAUACAACAUCACCAUCAUCCAACAUGACCUCUCCAGCAGUCAAUACAACUUCACUACCGGUCAACAUGACCUCAUCACCAGUCACCAUGUCUUCACCAGCAGUCAAUGCAACAUCAUCACCAGUCACCAUGUCUUCCCCAGCAGUCAAUGCAACAUCACCUCCAUCCAACAUGACCUCACCAGCAGUCAAUGCAACUUCACUGCCGGUCAACAUGACCACAUCACCAGUCACCAUGUCUUCCCCAGCAGUCAAUGCAACAUCACCUCCAUCCAACAUGACCUCACCAGCACUCAAUACAACCUCAGCACCACCAACAUCCACCAUGUCCUCACCAGGUACUAUAAGCACUUCCACUCCAGUGGGAACAUCGGUGCCCCUGACAACCACAGCCACUACUACGCCACCUACAACCACAACCCCUGCGCCACCACCAGAGCCUAUAAUUGAAUUAGAAUUCAGAAUGAUCCAAAACUUCACUACAGAGCUUGCAAACUCAUCUUCCCCAGAGUUCAAAGCGUUAGAACAAGAAGUCACCACUCAGCUGGACACCGUUUACAAAGAACAAUUCGGACCCCUUUUCAAUCGGACUGUCAUCAAGAGUUUCAGCCAAGGAUCAGUUAUAGUCGAUGCUGAGCUGAUAUUCAAUAACGUGACCACAUUACCAAAUACAAGUUCUGUGGCUGAGACGUUGAAGAAUGCUACCACCUCUGGAAAUUUUACUCUCAAUGUGAACACAACUUCUAUCAAAGCUGAAGUGGUUGUGCCAAAAGUGGAUCCAACCACAGCUGCACCUUCAACAACUGUGCAUUCAACCUCCUUAACAGUGGUUACAUCCUCAUCACCAUUCAACAUGACUUCACUGCCAGUCAACACAACCACAGUACCACAGAAUACAACAUCACCACCAGUCAACAUGACAUCACCAGCAGUCAAUACAACAUCACCACCAGUCAAUACAACAUCACCACCAGUCAACAUGACAUCACCACCAGUCAACAUGACAUCACCACCAGUCAAUACAACAUCACCACCAGUCAAUACAACCUCACCACCAGUCAAUACAACCUCACCACCAGUCAAUACAACAUCACCACCAGUCAACGUGACCUCACCAGCAGUCAAUACAACCUCACCAGCAGUCAACGUGACCUCACCAGCAGUCAAUACAACAUCACCACCAGUCAAUACAACAUCACCACCAGUCAAUACAACAUCACCAGCAGUCAACAUGACCUCACCAGCAGUCAAUACAACAUCACCACCAGUCAACAUGACCUCACCAGCAGUCAAUACAACAUCACCACCAGUCAACGUGACCUCACCAGCAGUCAAUACAACAUCACCACCAGUCAAUACAACAUCACCACCAGUCAACAUGACCUCACCAGCAGUCAAUACAACAUCACCACCAGUCAACAUGACCUCACCACCAGUCAAUACAACAUCACCACCACUCAACGUGACAUCACCAGCAGUCAAUGCAACAUCACCACCAGUCAACGUGACAUCACCAGCAGUCAAUACAACAUCACCACCAGUCAACAUGACAUCACCAGCAGUCAACGUGACCUCACCAGCAGUCAAUACAACAUCACCACCAGUCAACGUGACAUCACCAGCAGUCAAUGCAACAUCACCACCAGUCAACGUGACAUCACCAGCAGUCAAUACAACAUCACCACCAGUCAACAUGACAUCACCAGCAGUCAACAUGACCUCACCAGCAGUCAAUACAACAUCACCACCAGUCAACAUGACAUCACCACCAGUCAACAUGACCUCACCAGCAGCCAAUACAACAUCACCACCAGUCAACACAACCUCACCAGCAGUCAAUGCAACAUCACCACCCAUCAACAUGACCUCACCAGCAGCCAAUACAACAUCACCACCAGUCAACAUUACAUCACCACCAGUCAAUACAACAUUACCACCAGUCAACAUGACCUCACCAGCAGUCAAUACAACAUCACCACCAGUCAAUACAACAUUACCACCAGUCAACAUGACCUCACCAGCAGCCAAUACAACAUCACCACCAGUCAACAUGACAUCACCACCAGCCAGUACCACAUCACCACCAGUCAACAUGACCUCACCGGCAGCCAAUACAACAUCCCCACCAGUCAACAUGACAUCACCUGCAGCCAAUACAACAUCACCACCGGUCAACAUGACCUCAUCACCAGUCACCAUGUCUUCACCAGCAGUCAAUGCAACUUCACUAGCACUUAAUACAACUUUACAGCCAGUUAAUACAACUUCAUCAUCAAUCAGUGUUACUUCACCAGCAACUACCAUUACCACAGCUCCAAGCACUAUAACCACAGACGCAUCAACCAAUCCACCUACAUCCAGUGAGGGAGCCCUGGAUCUUACAUUUAGUCUGAAUCAAAGCUUUUCAGACACCCUCAAAAAUAAGACCUCGGCAGACUUUCAACAAUUGGCGGCAACAGUAAUUGCUGAGGUAAACAGAAUAUGUAGAGCGCUCUUUGGAGACAGUUUCCUGCGCUCCCUUGUAAAUGAAUUCAGGAGUGGUUCGGUGGUUACAGACAUGACUCUAGUGUUCAGAAACAGCACAUCAGUUCCCCCAACAAGCAAUGCAACUUCACAAAUUGGCAGUGAACUCACCAACUCAUCCGCAUUAAAUGUUACAGAUGGCUCUGUGAAUGCAACUACUUCAGCCCCUACCACGGCAGCUGCCACAACUGCAGCCCCUGCCACAACUGCAGCCAAUGCCACAACUGCAGCCAAUGCCACAACUGCAGCCCCUGCCACAACUGCAGCCAAUGCCACAACUGCAGCCAAUGCCACAACUGCAGCCCCUGCCACAACUGCAGCCAAUGCCACAACUGCAGCCAAUGCCACAACUGCAGCCCCUGCCACAACUGCAGCCAAUGCCACAACUGCAGCCCCUACCACGGCAGCUGCCACAACUGCAGCCCCUGCCACAACUGCAGCCCCUGCCACAACUGCAGCCCCUGCCACAACUGCGGCCCCUGCCACAACUGCAGCCCCUACCACGACAACAACCGCAACUACGGCAGCAACAACCACAGCAUCAACAAAUCCUCCUGCCUCUGGUGAGGGAACCCUGGGUCUUAAAUUCAGACUCGACCAAACAUUUACGCCAGAUCUUGCCAAUAGAUCUUCAGAGGCUUUCAAGGUUCUAGCUGUAACUGUGAUCAAUGAGAUAAACAGGGUGGCCACGAAAAACUUUGGGUCCGAUUUCCUUCGCUCCAUCGUUAAUUCAUUCACGGCAGGAUCCGUGGCUUCCGACAUGACAGUUGUGUAUAGAAGUCAAAACUCGGUUCCAUCAACAACCGAUGCACUAACAGUGUUCAGCAGGGAACUCGCCAGUUCUUCUGUUCUAAAGGUCAUAACCGGGAGCGUGUCUACAGAGCAAGCAGCAUCAUCAGGCGGUCCCCCUCAACCCACCAUGGGCACAUUGGCAAUGAUUUCACUAACAAUCCUGGCUUUGGCACAGAUGCUGAUCAGUUUGUAGUACCUGAGAAAGAGACACUGACUUGACCAGUAUCUUUACUUUUGCUGUGCUAUUAAAUGUGCAACAAUGUACCAACAAAUGAAAAAGACAUAACAUAUGCACAAUGACAUUUACCAAUACACCAACUGGUAAAAAGAUGUGCGAUGUGUGUGAAAUAUUAAUAGAAUCUUACAGUAUUUUCUGAAUUUAAUAUCCUACUUUAUUUAAUGUAAUGUAACCAAUCGUUUUGCUUUUAUGCUAUAAAAAAAUAAAGAUUGAAGUAGUUGAGUUUAUUGCGGUAUUGUUAACAAAUAAGGAGAUUGCUAUGUACUAUAAUGUAUUUAUUUCUUAUUAAAAGGCCUGAUGUGACAAGCAAUAUACAAUUUAUCAUUAUAAACUACAGAGUAGUGAAAGCAUGAGAAGGAAGAAGUGUGCAUUUAAUGGUGCAGUGUAAAAGUUGAGAGAAUUGAGGUUAAAUGAUCUUGAUGCAGGCAGCACGGUGGCUUGGUGGUUGAAGGUUCGACUCCCUGGCCCGGCAGGGUCUUUCUGUGUGGAGUUUGCAUGUUCUGCCCAUGCUUGCGUGGGUUCCCUCCGGUUACUCCGGCUUCCUCCCACAUUCCAAAAACAUGCAUACUAGGUUCAUUGAAGAUUCCAAAUUGCCUGUAGGUGUGAGUGUGCGUGGGUCUGGUUGUGGCGACCUGUCCAGGGUGGACCCCUGCCUCUCGCCUGCAAUGAGCUGGGAUAGGCUCCAGCAGACCCCCGUGACCCUGCAAAGGAUAUAGAUAAUGGAUGGAUGGAUGGAUGAUCUUGAUGCUGGAGAUCAUUAAAAUUCCAUCUGAGAUCAUUUAUGUUUCAGUUUUCUACUAUCAUUUUGUAACCUAUAUUUGUAAUUGCCAUAACUACCCUUUACAACUGUAAGCAACUGGUAUGUUGCCAUGGGAGAGUCCUGUUAAGAAAGCUGUUAGCAUUUAACUCUCAAACGUGUUGUUUUUCAAAGAACACCCAGUGUAAAGUGAAUAUUGUAAGAUGUGCACUACUUUAACAUGAGCUCUUGGAUACUAGUCUAAGUUUUCUAAGUACUAUUUACAUGAUUGUAAUUUUGAAAUAUUUUCUUAAUUGAUUAACAGCUUACACUGAAUACUUUCUUAUUGUGUUUACAAAAAGGAAAAUGCAAAACUGUAUUGUUAUCAACAAAAUAAUAAAAUGUUACUUUUGAAA